CUUCCUUUCCUUUGUCGCCACUUUCCAAUGCUACUCACGACAGCGCAACCACCCGCAACACCGACAACACCCAACCGACAACGCCCAACCGACAAAGAACCAUGCGCCUAGGAAUCGCCCUUUCUGCCAUUGUGGCCCUGAGCUCUGCCAGCGCCGACGCGGAUCGCAACGACGAACCACAAAGCACCAAGCCAUCCCGGCAGUACCCGGUACCUCUUUCGAUGGGGCUUGCCACGAAGCAAAGAUCGGCUCGCGAUGCCACCAAGAAGGCCACGGUGCUUCGAAACGGCCGGAGCGAAGGCAUCGAACCGACGGGCACCGAGGCCAUCGAUGAUGCGAAAGGAGAAGACCCGGACUUCCUCCCGGACCUCGGUGUCAUCGGAACUCCCGCCGUUCCCGCGUCCGUCGAUGCCGGCAAGGCAAGCACGCCGUGGAUGCACCCAGACGAGCAGCGCGUGCUCAAGCCACGCACGGACUGUGCAGCCGAUUGUCCCAACGGGCGCCCCGUCAUCAAAGUUUCUGGUCCAGACUUUCGAAACCUCCUCAGCAAGUGUGGUCCCAAUGCGUGGUUUUGCCCAUAUGAUCUUCCAACAAACUGCUGGGACACAUCGCGUGUCACUGAUAUGUCCUAUGCCUUUGCAGCACGUAGCAUUUGGCCAGGAUCCUUCAACGAGCCCCUGAACUGCUGGGAUGUAUCAAGUGUGACAAGCAUGCGUCGUAUGUUUUAUGCCCAGUCUUCUUUCAACCAGCCCAUUGGUAAUUGGGAUGUGUCCAGAGUGGGAGACAUGGAGCACACGUUUUCUCUUGCUAAAAAUUUCAAUCAGCCCAUUGGUGAUUGGGAUGUGUCCAGUGUGACAAACAUGAUGGACAUGUUUAAUGAGGCAUUCCAGUUCAACCAGCCCAUUGGCGAUUGGAAUGUCUCAAGAGUGAAAAGGACCACUGGUAUGUUUGGAUCACAUUUCAAUCAGCCCAUUGGUGAUUGGGAUAUGUCGUCAGUGACAGAUAUGAGUUGGAUGUUUAGUUCCAAUAAAUACUUCAAUCAGCCAAUUGGUGAUUGGAAUGUGUCGAAGGCAGAGAAGAUGAAUGGUUUCUUUAUUGGUGCAACAAGUUUUAACCAGCCCCUUGACAAAUGGGAUGUGUCCAGGGCGACAGCAAUGUCUAGUAUGUUUGCCAAUGCAAAAAGUUUCAAUCAGCCCAUUGACCUUUGGGAUGUGUCGAACGUGCAAUACAUGGGUUUGAUGUUUAAAGAUGCAACCAGUUUUGAUCAGCCCAUUGACCUUUGG